GCGAAUUACCAUCGGAGUCGAAUACUUAUUAUGAUAUUUUAGAUACAAUUAUUCGGACCAUGCGACUUGUUUUUAUAAUUCUUGAAAAGUUGUCCAUUAUUGUUUCCAAGAUGAGGAACAAUGUGAGAGUAUUAUUGAUCAAACGAAAAUAUCAGUGAAGUUAUACUAUUCGACGGAAAAGGCAAGAAAACAAGCCUACGUUCGUUGGACAAUGUGAGAGUAUCAGUGUAUGUUUCACAGAGAGCAUGAAGGAACAGUUUACUAUACUUUCACCAUCGACCAUAAAAUAUGGUCGCCAAAUCUGCAAUGGUUUCAGAUGUGGCGACGAAGGGCAAGAGCUAGAACCGAAGCCGCGUUUUCCUGAAAAAGUCGAUCAGAAAAAAUGCGAAUAAUCCUAUAAUGGUGGGAAUCGAAGUGGAGGAGUGAUCCUGCGAGGACAAGAGUCGCUGGUCACUUUUGUUCGAAUCGUCGAAUAAGACACACGUUACGUAGUGGGAGCUAUACAUGGUGUUAUUUCUAAGAUCGUUUUGUGUUAUUAGUGGUAUUAAUAAUAAGUGACAUAUAAUUAAUAUCGUUAUUAGUAAUCGUUACUUAAAUAUAUAUAUAUUAGUGAUUAGUGAUACAUGAGAUAAUUCUUAAUAAUAGCUUCGUUUAUUAUAUGUCAUUAAGCAUAUACACAUAUCAUUAAUAUUAAUAAUAUGCCACCAAGAAGAAAAUAUACAUUAUUAAACAUGCAGCAACGCUUAGCUGUUUUGAAGGAUCUUCGAGAGAAAAUAUUGUUACCUGCACAAAUUGCAAUUAAAUAUGGCAUUGGGCCCAGAACACUCGGUAGAAUUGAAAAAAAUGCUACAAAAAUAAAUGCGUUUGCAGAUAAAAGUAGCCGCGAACAAAAGCGACGAAGAUUAUUCAAGCCACUGUAUAACGAAGUAGAUAAACAAUUAUUGGCAUGGCUCGAACAAAGAAGAACAUUUGGUUACCGUGUAACCGAUGCUCUUAUGUUAAAAAAAGCGAUGGAAUUCAAAGAAAAUUUGCCGUCAUAUUCGCGAUUUAAAGUAAGUCGUGGAUGGUUAAACAAAUUUAAAAGACGUAAUGGCAUACACUUAGUAGAUAGGAACAAGCAGAAAAAUAAUGUUGAUCAGAUUGAGCUUGAUGCAUUUGUAAAUAAUUUAAAAGAAAUGAUAAANGAAGAAAAUAUGAGUUUAGAAAAUAUUUACAAUAUGGAUGAAAGUGCACUUCUAUGGAAGACCGUUCCGACGAAAAUACUGACUGGAGGAGAAAAAAAUCUAUGUGGACAUGAGACGAAAAAAGAACUUAUUACAAUUGGCUUAUGUGCAAAUGCGUUAGGCACGCAUAAGAUUAUGCCUCUUGUAAUUUAUAAAUAUAAAAACCCAAGAGCAUUGAGACACGAGGUUUCAUUGCCUGUAAUUUUUAAAUCGCAGACAAAUGCAUCGAUAGACAGAACAUUAUUUUUAGAUUGGUUUGAAAACCAUUUCAAACCAUCUGUAAAACAAUAUCAGGAGGAAAAACAAAUAUCGGGGAAAGUAAUCCUAUUGUUAGAUAAUUGCGAAGCCCAUAAUGUUUCACUGCAAGAAAAUGAAGAAUUUAAAAUUAUGUAUUUACCGACCAAUUCAAGAUCUUGUAUUUCUAAAUCAAUGAAUCAAGAAGGGAUCAUGGAGAAAACAAAAAGAAUUUUCCGCCAGAAACUCCUGCAACGUGUUUUAACGUAUGAUGGAGGAAUAAGUGAAUUUUAUUCCGACUACACAAUAAAAAACUGUAUUGACAUUUUAUCCGAAUCCUGGUCGGUAAUUACACAAAGAGAUAUUAAAAAUGCAUCGAAUAAAAUUAUUAAUCCUGCUAGUCGUUCCAUUCAAUCGGAAACCAGAGAGCUGGAACCUGAUUGGCAAGGCAUGAUAAGUGAGAUCACGGGAGAACAAUGCACCCUGGCACAUGUUACACAAUUUUUAUUAAAAUGUGAGGAAGAAGAAAGAUACAUCGAAGAUAUAGAAAUAAAAGAAGAACCGGCAGAACUUCAAGAAGAACCGCAAGAAAUGAUUUAUGAAGGGUGUAGAAACGAAAUUGUGAACAAUGAAUUACGUGUAAUGUUUGACAGAUUGACAUUUUACAGUGCAACAUCUCCAGCUUACAUACAGAGCAUGGUGCAGGGAAUAAAAAUAUUUUUCUUGGGCAAGGAGAAUUAGAUAAGUAAGAAAAACCGUGGUGCUACAAGGUACGUGGUAGGUGCUAAAUACGUGACCGUUAAAUCGUAGCAUGUGGUCUUCAAACUGCCUUUGAAUCGUGGCAAAAAAUUAAAAAUAAAAAAGAUUAGUCAUCGUUUUUAUUCUAGCAUUACUAUGUACAUAUUUGGAUUAGUGUACACUGGCAUGUUGGUCGUUGGCUGUUUUUACCGACUGCCCUGAGUUUCUAUAAAAACAAGUCACGAGGCCCGAGGAAUCGCGACUUAGUUGCUGGUUUCAAUUCCGGGAGAAAUUACUGUAUGUAAUUACGAUGUCGCAAUUGUUUAUACCUUUCUUAAUAUUUUUAUACCAAGACAUAGUACCUUCCAUAUUAAAACAAGAUGUUUAUUGCAUAAAGCUUUUCAUAAAGAGUUAUAUGUGUAGAUGUGAUGAAACUUGUUAACGUUAUUUCUAAACUACACAUAUUUACAACCAUACUCAUUUUGGACCGACAAUCUUUGACAUUUUUACGAUAGCGUCUUGACAUGCAUCUGGCUUCAGAAGUGAGUGAAUCUAAACAGACCUGCCAACGAACGACGGUUCGUGACUACAUUGGAUCUUCUGGCUAGCGGCUAUAUGUAUAUGUUUGAAGAAGGCAAGUGAUCCGACGCCAGCUUGCUAAAGAAUGAAGACGUUGUUCCCAAAAGAUUUGGCCACGGGACGUAGAAGGCGAUGCCUUCUGAUGAGAGGAUCUUGAUUGACCGCUCGGAACUUAUCCCAGAACCUUCUCGAAAUACAUAUCGACGAUUGUGUAACAUAUAGAUCAAUUUUACAAAACAAUAUAUAUAUCCCUUGGAUCCCUUGGAUUAAUAUAUUUAAAUUGUCGAAUUAAAAAUUUCAACAGUUUUAACGUUUUAAUAUAUAUAAUAAAUUAAAAAUGGAUUUUUUAACAACUCGACGAAUUACCAUGUAAUUGUUUAAUAAAACUGUCAAAUAAAAAAUGUUGUAGCUUAGCGUCCGUUUUUGCACUAGAAUAGUGCUUUCUGUAUAUUAGAGUUCAACAUAGACCUUCACACGUUAGUAAACAACCAUAUUACAUUAGGAAAUGCGGAAAAAAACGUGCUGAAAACAUUCCGCCUUGUUUUAAUGUGGAACUCUUUCGAACUUAAAAGAUAUAUACUUUGUCAGUUGUAAAGAAUUUUAUAAAUUU